AUGUUCAUCUUCUUCUCCAACUCGUCUCCUCCCAUUCACCGUCCAACCGUGGUUCUUUCUCCAACUCUUCUCCAACUCUUCUCCUCACCGUCCAACCGUACUUUGGUGGUUCUUCCUCCGCGCAGAAGCAACUCUCUUCGGUGUCCCGAUAACAACAACAAGUCAGAAGCUUAUCUAGUGCAAUUUUCCUGGUUGCAGGCACUACGUGGACACUGGUUAUUAGUUGCAAUUAAUCCUGUAAGAGAAAUUGUAUAUUAUCUGGAUUCGUUGGGCAAUGAUUGGACAACAUACCCAGAUAUGAAGAAGACGAUUGACACCAUUCUACAAAGUUUUCGAGCACAAAGAGAUAUUCAAGUACCAAGGAGUAGAGUCAACAAUAUUUCUUGGAUCAAAGUGGAGUGUCUUCGUCAUCGCAAUGGUGUAGAUUGCAGUUAUUUUAUGUUGAAGUUUAUGAAAGAAACUAUUCUUUUGGACCGAUUAGAGAUUCUAUCCACGGAAGAAGGAGGUGAUAGUCGGGCCAAAAAACUUUAUGUUUACCAUUCCGUUGCCCGGCCAAGAAAGGAUGCACCUCCUUUUGUUCUCACUCUAUGA